AUUCCAUCCGUAUGCUUCAGGAAGUAGUGAUUCACUGCAGCAGGACAGAAAAGCUUCUGGAUAAACCCCAACAUUUUAUUUCAUGUCGACAUAAACUCGCGUUUGCUAAUGUUUAUGAACUGAGGUAGUGAUAAAAAGUCGUUAGUUUCGUAGCUGUUUAAAAAAAGCACAAAAAUGCUCGGACGUGUGCUAGCAGCAUGUGCUAACAACAAGUCAAUGCGCUAUAGUGGAGUAUGGACCUGAACUUAAAAUAACAACAUGAUUCAGUAACUCAAAUGAAAUUGAAUCGUAUCCGCAUCUAACCCGCACACACGUUAAUGUAACAGCUAACAGUUUAGUUGAGCCAGUCUAAAUUGAUCCGAGUAUUUUCAUCCAUAUACUCAAUUAUGUCCGAUCUUACACAUGCGUUUCAGUCACAGUUGUCCGGGGUCAUGGAGACUGUGUUUAAAGCAGCCAUAUUUGAGAUCACAAGGCUGGUGGAGGAGAGUUUCAUGAAGGAAAUGUCCCGAAGUCGGGAACAGGUGGAGACUCUGAAGAAGAGACUGCAAUGGAGCGAGUCAAGGUGGAAAGGUCAAGAGUCAACAGGUGCCAGCAGGUGUACAAAGUGUGGUAAAGCUAACGAGGAAGAUAAAGAAACAUCAACACCACUAACGUUAGAAAAUGAUCGUGGUCUCAAACAGGAGAGUGUUCGAGAAAGGAGCUGGGGAAGCUGUGAGUUGGAGACUGACACACUUUUGGGAAAAGAAAGAUCAGAAGACCGAACGAGCCCUAAUCCCACAGCAGAGUCUGCAAAUACAGAGGACAGGAAACUGGACUGCAUACUAAAAGAGGAGGUGCUGUAUAAUACCACUGAUAAAAAGGAACUUCAGGAUGGGUGGACACUGGAUACUGAAGUAGCCGAGACUUCUGACUUCUCAGCUCCCAGUUACAGUGAGCAAGAACUUCAACAGAUUCAGGAAGAAUGGAGCACUGGACUUGUUAAGUCUACUGAUGAUGGGCCUUACGCAGAUAUUACAGACGUUCAGGGGCUGGCAUACCGAAUGCGGUACAACACGGAGGAGCUGGAUGACUAUAAUAAACUGGACAUGGGAGACCUGAAUGUUCUUGGAGAAAGAACUGAAGAGACACUGGGUGCUGUUCAAAAUGACCUUAAUGUGGCUAUGGAAGGUGAAAGACACUUUUCCAAUAAGAGUAAGAAAAGAAAUAGAGGCUCUUUUCCUGCACAGGUUAACCCGGAAACAGAAGGCAUUGAUAGACACAUGCACUGUUUACUUAUUAAUGAAGAAGGCCACUUACAGGACAUGAGUGCCCUCGGCGAAGUUCAGAAUGGGGUUGCAGGACAUGCUGAUCAUAGAGGACACUCAACACUUUAUGGUGAAAAUACAGCAAACGAUGGGUCUGGUGGACUAUAUAAGGAACAUGCAUUUAACCAUUCUCAAGAUGAAAGACAAGUUUUUCGAGUCAACGAUCCUUCUCUAAAAGACUACCCGCUCUCCCAAAGAGUCAGUUCAACCGAUGCAUACAACUGUAACCAGUGCGGUAAGAAAUUCACUCAGGCCUGCAAUUUAAAGGUUCACCAGCGUGUCCACCAGCGGGACGGUCUCCACUUGUGCAGCCACUGUGGGAAAGGUUACUCAUCGUUCAGUGACCUGCAAAGGCACCGAUGCAAUCAGGCUGGAGAGAAGCCGUACAUUUGCACGCUUUGUGGAAACCGAUUCAGCCGACUGUGGAAUCUCAAGCUGCAUAGGCGCAUUCACACGCAGGAGAAACCACAUCAGUGUACUGUGUGCAAUAAGAGCUUUACCCGGGCAGAUAUCUUAAAAGUCCAUCAACGCACCCAUACAGGAGAAAGACCGUACUGCUGUGGUAUUUGCGGACUCAGCUUCAAACGCCUGGACCACCUUAGGUCACAUCAGCGUAAACAUAGUGCUGACCUAAACAGUCAGUGAUUUAAAUAACACUGACUGCAUUGUAAUACGUUUAUACUGGCAGAUUGGAGAUUGGAAACGGGUGUUUCUCGCGAAGCAUAACACUGGUUAUGUAAAAAAACUCUCUGCAGUAUGCAAUUGUUCGGUCUGUCUGUUGAUCUUUGCUGAAAAUGUUGGUAGCCAUGUUUUUUUACUGCCAUGCAUUUGAUUGGCUAUUUAUCUUAAAUGUUUUCAAAAGAGUAUCUUGUGUCUUACAUAAUGGCUUGCCUGCCAAUUUAACCCGUUAACUGGCGCUGUCCCAUGCACGGACACGUUUACUUCGGUAUUUUUAAUGUAAAUGUUAAUCUAUCACAACAAACUAUAUAUUGUUGGAAAGGUCUAAGAAUGUAGUUUUCAUAUUUCAAAACCUUUAAGCAGUAAGUAAUAAUAAUUUAUUCAUUUGUGACAAGAGUAUGCAAACCUCACAACAAACCAACACAAACCUCAGUUUUUUGACAAUUAUAUGUAUUAAAAAUAAUACUAUAUUGCAUUUUUUUUUAUUAUAAAUAAAUGUAAACUGCUAUGAAAACAAAAUGAUGCUUUCAUCUCCAAACACUUCUGUAAAUAAUGUUAAAGUGGCUUCUUUAAAACAAGACCAAAAUUAGGCUUCUAGACCAAAAAAUGCCAGAGUUAUAUUAAUUUGAAGGUGUACAUCACCUUUUCACCCCCCCCCCCCCACUCAAAAAGUGCUGCACCAGUUAAAGGGUUAAUAUUGCCUAUUUUCUGCACUAGAUUUGAGCUACAUUACCAUGCAAUGUUCUUUUAAAUAUUUCUCAUCUGUUAUGUACCUGUUGACUGUCUUCGCAGGUUGGGUAAUGCAAAAUAAACAUGAAAAAUUA